AUGAAACUUGCAUCUUGCCUCACUGCCACUCGCGCUCUUCUCCUCAGUUCGCUCCUAGCACAACGAGGCUACGCGUCUCCAGUCAAGCGUACGACGCCGCCGCACAAUGGGACGAGCUCGGAGGCAGGGACAGUGCUGACUUACGACUUUGUCAUUGUUGGGGGAGGACUAGCAGGUUUGACGCUAGCCGCCCGCUUGAGCGAAGUUCCGGACCAGACGGUUCUCGUCUUGGAAGCGGGAUUGAGUCCGGAGGUCGUUGGCGCAUACGUAGUCCCCGGCCUCAAUGAGCAAGUCCUAGGCAAGUUCAGCACCGUCAUCGACUGGUCGUUCGUUACACCCCCUCAAGAGUCGCUCAACAACCGUACGAUCCUGUACCACCGUGGACGUGGCUUAGGCGGUAGCACUACAAUCAACGGCAUGGCAUACGGUCGGGGCUCGGCCAGCAUCUAUGAUCUCUGGGAGAGCUUAGGCAAUGAGGGCUGGAGCUGGAACGAUCUGUUCCCGUACUUCCGCAAGAGCACGAGAUUCAACCCCGGCCCUGACCCUGGACCUUAUGAGACUUUCGAUGCUUCGGCUUACAGCAGCGAUGGCCCGGUUCAGCUUGCUUUUCCGAACUCAAUCAACGAAGAGUUCCCGGCCACAGUCGACUUCGUUGAAGCCUUGAGCUCGAUUGGUGUCGAGCCAGCCAUCGAUCUCAACCUAGGCGUCAACCUUGGCGCUCAGCAAGAGGUUCUUACGAUUGACGCAAACAUGGCGCGUUCGUCUUCGUACGACGCCUACUACGUGCCGAUUAGGGAUCGCCCCAACUUGACUGUCAUGACCUCGGCCUUGGUCCAAGCUAUUACCAGCGAACAGCGAGACGGAGCCUUGACUGCAACGGGAGUGGUCUUCACCGAAGGUUCCCGGGGGAAUGCACUGAACGUUACCGCAAGAAAGGAGGUCAUCCUCAGUUGUGGUGCUUUCCAGACCCCUCAGCUCCUUAUGCUUUCAGGUAUCGGUCCUGCAGAGACACUUGAUGUCUUCGGCAUUCCUGCCGUUUUAGUGAACGAGAAUGUAGGCCAGCACAUGCAAGACCACACCUAUUUCAGCGUGACGGCGAGAGUGACGCCUGAAACCGGAGGUGAUGUGUUCAACCGGAUUGAUCUUCUUCAAGCGGCUCAAAGGGAGUAUUGGGCCAACAGAACAGGCCCGCUGACUGUCGCGGGAGGAAACACCUACUCGUUCCAGAAGAUCCCCGACGACAUUCUUGAGUCUCUGAAUGCUACAGAGCUCAUCGGCGACCGCUCCAACCAAGCUCACGUCGAGUAUGUGUUCGAGUCCGUCUACUACCCGAACAACCCGAACGUGGAGCGUUAUCCGCCGAACUUGGAUGAGACCUUUUUCUCUGUCACUGGUGUGAUUCUCGCGCCUGUCUCCAGGGGAGAGGUGACGCUCCAAUCCAACUCUAUCACGGACCCACCGUCGAUCAAUGUCAACUACUACUCCGCUGAGGCGGACCAGAACAUCGCCGUUUGGAUCCUACGUAACCUUCGCACAGUUCUCGCGCAAGCCGGCCUGUCGCGCUGGACAAUCGGUCCCAACAACGGUGAGAUAGCUCCAGGUGUGGAAAUUGAGAGCGACGAGGACAUCCUUGACUUCAUCAAGAACACCGCGCUGCCGGUGUGGCACGCUUCUGGCACGGCCCAGAUGCUGCCCGAGGAUCAGGGCGGUGUGGUCGAUAGCCGCUUGCGGGUGUACGGCAUGCAGGGCUUGCGCGUCGUGGACGCCAGCAUCAUGCCGAUCAUUCCAGAUCAACACAUCCUCGCCGCGGUCUAUGCAGUCGCAGAGAAAGCAGGUGAUCUAAUCAAGGAAGACUGGGGCUUCUUGUGA